UAGUACAACGAACAUAGUACAAGGAACCGAGAAGAAAAGAUAAGCUUUGUCUUUGGUUUCAAAUACAAAAGAUGGAACUUUUUGCAAAACUCUUCUCGGCGUUGGUUCUGUGGGUAGUUGUAAUGGCACACCAGGUAGUUGCACUAAACUUAUUGAAUGAAAAUCUAAUUAUCGGCAAGGAAACAGUACCCACAGGAAAGAUUCUAAUCAAUAAGGUAUGCACAAAGUCCCAAACCAGAGACCUCUGCAUUGAGGUCCUCUCAUCGGAUCCAGUAAUUAGUCCUACUGCUAAUCUCAAAGACUUGGCAAUCCUUUCCCUUAGGGUUGCUGCCACAAACGCCUCCGGCAUCCUCAGCGAUGCCAAAAUUCUCAUUGAUGACGUCAACCUAGACCCUGAUGUCCAACAAGGUUUGGCUGAUUGCAAGGAGAACAUUUUGGAUGCAGAGAGCCAGCUAGAGGACACCAUUGCCUCCUUGAUGAUUGGUUUGGAAUCUGAAGCACAACGUUGGCUCAAAGCUGCCUUGGCUGCCAUCGACACUUGCGAUGCCUCUAUCCCCGGAGAUGAUGACAUUCUCUCUGUUGAGAGCACAGUCUUCCGCAAGCUCUGCAACAUUGCCAUCACCGUCACCAAGCUCUUCGUUAAUUCAAAUAGGUUAUAAAAUCCUUCGGCAUUGUGGAUCCAUCCAUAUUUUGCUGUGUGUAUCUUUUCUUCAUCAUGUCCUUGUCGAUCUCAAUUCCAUCAUUAUAUGAUUAUAUUCCUACUGCACUGUUGU